AUGGAUCUCAGCGGAGCAGCGCUUGUGACUGGAGGCGGCAGUGGAAUUGGAAGGGCUUGCGCGGUGUCCUUUGCAAGACUCGGAGUCCGAGGCCUUGUUGUCGCCGAUAUCGACUUGGACGCAGCUAAGGCAACUGUAGUUGAGUGUCAAAGCGUAGCCUUGAACCAGAACUUGCGUUUAGAGGCAAUAGGCAUUGAUGUUAGCUUGGAAGACUCCGUCAACGGGGUUGUCAGGCAAGUAGCUGACACUCUGGGUCGAAUCGACUACUGCGUUCACGCGGCAGGUGUUGGAGUCAAAGUGGCUAGUCCGGUAGCGGAGGCAGAUACCAUGGAAUUUGACCGCAUGUUGAAAGUCAACGUAACCGGAACCUUCCUGGUUACACGCGCCAUUUCGGCCGUUAUGAAAUCUCAGGAACCGACCGCUCUGAAGCCGGGUUCACCAGAACGCGGGACUACUCGAGGAAGCAUUGUUAUCAUUGGAUCGGCAUCGGCCUUCGUCGCCACACCCGGCAUGAUCCAAUACACGACGGCCAAGCAUGCCGCGCUAGGAAUUACCAAGAAUGCAGCUCUCGACAAUGCACCCCACAGAAUUCGGGUGAAUAGCGUGUGUCCAUCGUGGGUCGACACACCCAUGGUGCGCAAGGCCAUGGAAGAUGUACCCGGCCUAGCAGGAAUGAUAAAGGCUGCAGUUCCCAUUGGACGGAUCGCACUCGUGGAUGAAGUAGCGGACGCUGUCAUGUUCUUCUGUAGUUCUAUGUCUAGCUACUCCACGGGAUGCAAUAUGAUCCUAGAUGGGGGAACAACAUUGUCAGCAGGCAGAUAGGGUUGUUGUAGACACCCCGGGGUGGGCCGAUAACCACUCGCUUGUUGAAUAGGGGGGCUGAGAGACUACAUGCAGCAGUAAAAAUGGAGAUAUAAGUAUUGGAGUGAAAUAAAAGG